UAUCUCAGAAUAAGGAGACCAAGCAGGUUAAGGAGGUACCAGAAUGCCAAAAUGUUGAAACAUGUCAGAAGUAUCAAUCCAGUCGUGCAGUAGAUGGAGACAUUAACACGUGUACAAGGACAGCACCUAUUGGAACUAAUGCUCCAGAUAAAUGGACAUGGUGGUAUGUUAACCUUGAGAAAGUACUCAGCAUCUACAGCAUCAGAAUACAGUUCAAAGACUAUGGAGAACAAUAUGUCAUGAGACAAAGAGGGCGUUUUGCUGGUUUUUCGCUCUAUGUGUCAAACACAACUAUAAAGGAGGAUGGGUAUCUAUGUUACAAGAACGGACAGGAGUUACCGACCUUGGAUUUCAGUACAACUUGUGUCAAACAUGGACGUUACGUUAUAUUUUACAAUGAAAGACUUGACGGAACAACUUAUCCUACCGGAUAUGAUCCUGCGAAUGCUCACACUGAAUUGUGUGAAGUAACUGUAACAGGUUGUAAAGAAUCCGGUGUGUAUGGAUAUAACUGUGAUCUACACUGUCCAAACAACUGUCAGGAAUUGAGAUGUGACAUUGUCCAUGGAACGUGUUUGGGUUGUACUGCAGGAUGGGUGGGGGAGUUUUGUAACACGUCAUGUCCAGCAGGAUCUUACGGUUUACAGUGUAGAUUUACGUGUACUGGACACUGCAGAGACAACGUGUCCUGUAACCACACCACUGGACAAUGUGACUAUGGCUGUGGUAAUGGAUGGACAGGAACACAUUGUAACACACAGUGUCCUGCAGAAUCAUACCGUCCGGAUUGUGUGUAUAACUGUAGUGGACAGUGUCUGAGUUACCUCCGCUGUAACAGGGCAACAGGAAGAUGUGACAGAGGUUGUAAUCCAGGAUAUACCGGGGAACUCUGUGAUAAAGUCUGUUCAGUUGGUCGGUACGGAUUGAAUUGUUCAGAGAGGUGCAGUUCCCAUUGUCAAUCUGAAAGUAAUCAUUGUAACCAUAGAGACGGACAUUGUGAACAUGGAUGUGACGAUGGAUUCAAAGGAAAUAGAUGCGAGGAAAUUUGCAUUGAUAGUUGGUAUGGAGAAAACUGCUCUAUACGAUGUAACGAGAACUGUGUCAAUCAGUCAUGUGACCAUAUCACAGGCAGCUGUACAUACGGAUGUAAACCGGGAUGGAGGACCCUCAAAUGCGAAAAGAUCUGUUCAGUUGGCCGGUACGGAUUGAAUUGUUCAGAGAACUGCAGUCCCCAUUGCCGACCUGAAAGUAAUCAUUGUAACCAUACAGACGGACAUUGUGAACAUGGAUGUGACGAUGGAUUCCAAGGAAGUAAAUGUGAAGAAAAAUCUUCGUGGUCAGGGGGUUCUGCAGCACAGUCCGAUACGACAGAUUCUGGCGCAGUAACAGGAGCGGUGGGAGGGGCGGUGGGAGCCGUGGGUCUUAUUGUCGUCAUCAUCACAGGGAUACUGUUUAUACGAUGGAGAAGAAAGAAAGAAAGAAAGCAUGAAGAUACGGAGACGGUAACGUUUUCGUCUGUCUCAGAAACGUUGAGAAUAGGUGAUAAAAGACAUGAAGAUAUGGCAAUGCGUGGAAUCGGAAAUCCUGGCUUAGAAUUAAAAACUAACGGGGAAAUGCUAACGACGAAUACUAAAUUAGACAUAUCUGUCGCAGAUUUUGAUACAGCAAUAUUCCUCUUGUCUGAAAAUCAGAAUGCCAAGUUCAAAGAAGAAUACAUGACAAUUCCUAGAGGAGAACUACACCCAUGUAAUGAAGGAAAGAAACAGGAAAAUGUUGCCAAAAAUCGGUACACCACGAUUUUCCCGUAUGACCAUUCACGUGUUGUUCUGGAAACAUCGCCAAAAGAGUCAGACUACAUUAACGCGAAUUAUAUUGAGGAUGUGCAAGGACAGAAAUCGUAUAUUGCAACGCAAGGACCAAAAUCAAAGACAAUUGUUGAUUUCUGGAAAAUGGUGUGGCAAGAAGACAUUAGUGUAAUUCUUUGUCUGACAAAUCUCAAAGAGGGAAAUAAGAACAAAUGUGCCCAAUACUGGCCAAAUUCCAGUGACAAGAUAAAGAAAGGCAACAUCAGCAUACGAAACCAGAAAGAAAACGUAUACGCUGACUACGUCAUCAGACACUUCCGCUUGCAAAAUAGCGCCGAUAAAGUUGAGCGUGACGUGUGUAUGUUCCACUACAUGCAGUGGCCAGACCACGGUGUUCCAGAACCGCUGGCUCUCGUGGUAUUUCAUCGACACGUUCUGAAAACUUCUGUCGAACAUCCAGGGAAGUACACUCUUGUCCACUGCAGCGCAGGAAUUGGUAGGACAGGGACGUACAUAGCAUUGGACGCGCUUAAUAAGAGAGGGGAGAUAACCGGGAAAGUUAAUAUCCGGCAGUAUGUAGAAACCAUGAGAAACAGCCGUGCUAACAUGAUCCAGGGCGACGAUCAAUACAGAGUUGUUUACUUGGCAUUACUUGAAUCAUUCCGAGGAAAAGGAAGGUCUGUAUCAACCAGGACAUUUCUACGAGAAUUCCAGGAUCAUUCCUGUUAUAUCAAUCUCGGAGAAGUAGCCAAUAAAUCACCACUUUCUGCUGAAUUUCAGGACCUGUUGUCCGGAAGACGAGAAUACACACAAGAAGACUACAAAACAGGGCGGCAAAACGUAUCAGCCAAUUACACACCCAGUGUUCUGCCUGUUGAAAGUUACAUGUGUCCAUUGUCAAACACUAAAGGGAAGAGCACCUACUACAACGCAGUUUCUUUACAGUCUUUCACAAGAAAUGACCAUUUCAUCAGUGCUCAACAUCCUCUCCUAGAUUACACAGAGGUCUUCCUGAGACUUGUGAAGGCUUAUUAUGCACCUACAAUUGUAUCCCUGAGCCCGUUGGUGGAAAUUGAAUCGUCUUCACUUUGGCUUCCUGCUAAAAAUGAAAGCAAAACGGUUGGAGCAUUCACGACUAAAAUGACAGAUUGUACACAAACAACCACAGUCACCAAGACUAGCAUUACUCUGCACCAACAGGGAGCUAGUGGCAUGAGCGUUUGUGUACUGGAAUGUAGAAGAUGGAAAGGAGAAAGCGACUCCUCAACCCGGAGAGUUUUACUUGAUCUCAUCAACGAAGCGAGGGUGGAGGAAAGGACCCACCCCGAGGGAAGGAUUCUGGUUCUGUCGAGUGAUGGGGCCAAGCGAUGUGGACAAUUCUUGGUUGUAUCCAAUGCUCUGGAACAACUUACUAUGGAUACAGAGGUAGACAUAUUUACAAUCACAAGACAACUCCAAAUCCGACGGCCAGAGUUCAUAUCUUCUUUGGAAGAAUAUCAGUUUUGUUAUGAGGCCAUUGCUGAUCAUCUCCAAAAUGACACAUUGUACGCGAAUUGUUGAGGACCAGUCAAAGAGACUGUGAAAUCAAACACAAUGAAUUACAUCAACCAACCUUCCUCCUAAUAACACUGGAAACACAUUGCAGAAUUUUUAAUUCACUGGAGACCAGGGACCCGUUUUACAAAACAACUUACGGCAAAGUCGCAAGUCUUAAAUUGUAUUACACUGUUAUUACUUUGAGUGAAUGAAGUAAAACUUUUUUAGGCUUAAUUUUCAAUAUCGUAAAAAAGAUAUUUUGCAUUUGGAGUGAAUGAUCUUACAAUAAACUGGAAAAUUCCAGUAUGUAAAGUUGGUCGUAAGUCGUAAGUUAUUUUGUAAAACGCGCCCCAGUAUUAUAUAUGUACUGGUAUUCUUAACUCACCCACACUUUACGUAUUGUAUUUGCUUGUCUCUUAUUAACUAUUCUUCCGCUAUUUGUUCUUCUGCCUUAAAAUGUCCGCAGCCGUUGUCCGUAACCAGUAGAUGAAAGUAUUAGAAACUCAAGGAUGUGAUAAGGCAAUAUAUCUAGUUGUGUAGAAAUGUUUUUGUUUUCAGUUUAAAUGGAGUUAAGUUAUAUUUGGGGUAGGUCCAACAUAGACCUAUAUGUGGAAAAUUAGUUCCAAAAUUCAACAGAUAUAACUUAAAAAUAUGAUAGCGUCCUAGGGUCUUCGGAAAUGGAAGAAGAUACCAGGGCAUACAAACUAGUAUCAAGGUUAAGGGACUCCAGUGAUCUUGACCUCUGACCAUGAAUAUAAAACCUGUAAUAACUUUGCAACCAAUAUUGAUAGAGACAUGGGAUCCCUCAGAUAUGAUAAGACUAAUAUGCAACAAACUAGCAUCAUGUCAAACGACUCAUAUGGCCAUGACCUUGAUCAUAAAACGCAUUCCAUUAUGGGACCAACAGAGACAUGGAAUCAGCGAUUUGAUACUGAAAUAGAGCCAAGUCGAAUUACACCGUUCCCAUGACACAACGUCUCCUCCAAUACAAUGCAGCAUACAUUCAGUCACCGCUUGCGCUCUUCCUUUAUAUAUAAUUCAGUUUUUUAAAACCAUUGCACCUUUAAUUAGGCGUCUAAUCCAUUUAAUUCCGCGCAGUAACUCUACCUGACCUGAACGCAUUCCGUCAGCCAUUUGUGUUGCUGUUUUCAUUCUUACUUUCAUAUAUUCCUUUGCGCCAUUUCAAGAAAGUUAAUUAAAGCUUGUUGAUGAGAGAAACUCUUUGUUUUACUAUUUAAAAAACAUAUAUUUAAAUGAUAAGAAAUGAAACUUAUAGCGCAUUGAUAAAAAAAAGUUGUCAGUCCAAUUUUUCCUUUGAUACCUGUAUCAAGAAAAUAAUUAUAAGUUUCAUUUCUUAAAUUAAAUUAAGGUCUUUUGGAAAAAUAGUAGUAUUCGGAAAAAGCCCACUUUUAAACAGCCAGUACUUCCUUUGGGAUAGUUUUUAAUCGGCAGGUUAUAAAAAGCCUAUU